CUAAAAACUCCUCUGAUCUCUGGACAGGUAAACAACUUUUCAGCCGCUGAAGAAUUGGUUGGAUUCAAUCAACUCUUUAAAAUGAAGUUUGAAGGCACGGCCGUCCACCCUGACCCACAUAAAGUGACUCACAUCACCGCAGCCAGCUUGUGAGGAUGAUUGGGAUUAUUUCCAUGCCUCGCUCCUGUCCCCAUGCCUGUUUACGUUCAUCAGAGCUACACUCCCCUGGCUCCCAGCCACCCCGCGGUAUUUAUAGCCAAACAGCGGUAAUCAUCACUCAAGGAAUCCACGCGAAAUCCUCCUCACACCCCUAAACUUGGACUGAGUGAGAGGGGCUGAAUUUGGGCUCCACCUGAUCGGGGCUGUCUGACGAUGAAGGAGCGCGCGUCACCUCAAGCAUUAUGGUGAAACCACCAGCUACCAUCCUCUGUAGAGAUGCUCACCAGUUCAGACCAAUCCCUCUCCCGCUCCCUCACACCCAACCUCCACUCUCCAUCCAGCUGUGGUCCAGGUGGAGAGAUGCACAUCCAGUCCUCCCUGUCCCUCCCCGAACCUGAGGCCUGGAGGAAGCCCAGCCCCGCUGCCCGUCAUGGCCUGGCACAAGGGGCCCGCUCCUGCUCCCUGCAGGUCCCUCAUGCCGUCCCUGAGUACCUGGGGCUGCCCCCUCGAGCUGCCAGCUUUGAUGUGCCUUAUGGUCAGGAAGAGGGCUCUUCCGAUCAGGGUUCAGGGUCUCUGAGCCCGCACUGCAUGCUGCGGCGGCGCGGGGGACUUGUGGAGCAGAAGGACAUCAUCAUGGCUCACCAGGCUCACAAAAUCCAGAGCACGCCGCAGGCCCGCAGGAAGGAGUGGGAAAUGGCUCGGUUCGGAGACGAGUGCGCUCCCAGCACGGUGGACUCCGGGGAUGGGGACUUGGAGCGCGGCGGGGACGGACAGGACGCGGCGGCGGCGGGACUGACAGCUUCCAUGAAACAAGCCAAGGCGCAGCGGGCCCGGACCAUGGCUCUGUACAAUCCCGUCCCUCACCGGCAGAACUGCCUCACCGUCAACAGGUCGCUCUUCAUAUUCGCAGAGGACAACAUCAUCAGGAAAUACGCAAGGCGCUUCAUUGAAUGGCCACCAUUUGAGUACAUGAUCCUGGCCACCAUCACCGCCAACUGUGUUGUCCUGGCCUUGGAGCAGCACCUCCCUGGAGAGGAUAAGACCCCCAUGGCAAAGAGACUGGAGAAGACAGAGCCAUACUUCAUUGGGAUCUUCUGCUUCGAGGCGGGGAUCAAGCUGGUGGCCCUCGGUUUUGUUUUCCAUAAAGGCUCCUACCUGAGGAACGGCUGGAACGUCAUGGACUUCAUAGUCGUACUCAGUGGGAUCCUGGCCACUGCCGGUGCCCACAUGAACAUCCCAGUCGACCUUCGGACCCUGAGGGCCGUGCGAGUGCUGAGACCUCUCAAACUCGUCUCCGGGAUCCCCAGCCUACAGAUUGUGCUGAAGUCCAUCAUGAAGGCCAUGAUCCCGCUGCUCCAGAUUGGCCUCCUCUUGUUCUUCGCCAUCCUAAUGUUUGCCAUCAUCGGUCUGGAGUUCUACAGUGGGAAGCUUCACCACACCUGCCUGCCAUCUGCCGACAUCCACGAAAAUGAGACUGUUGACUCAUCAGAGUUGGCGUUCGCCUGCGGAGUGAGGAAGUGUCCAGAGAGUUAUGACUGCAACGACACCUGGAUUGGGCCUAAUGACGGCAUCACGCAGUUCGACAACAUCCUGUUUGCUGUACUCACCGUCUUCCAGUGUAUUACCAUGGAGGGAUGGACGGCCGUUCUCUAUAACACCAACGAUGCCUUGGGUCCCACGUGGAACUGGAUAUACUUCAUUCCUCUCAUCAUUAUUGGCUCGUUCUUUGUGCUGAACCUAGUGCUGGGUGUCCUGUCGGGAGAAUUUGCCAAAGAGAGGGAGAGGGUGGAGAACAGGCGGGCCUUCAUGAAGCUACGCCGCCAGCAACAGGUGGAACGAGAACUGAACGGUUACCGAGCCUGGAUAGACAGGGCAGAGGAGGUAAUGCUUGCAGAGGAGAAUAAAAAUUCAGGGAGAUCGCCGUUAGAUGUAUUAAAGAGAGCAAGUAAGAAGACUGGUGCACGGAGAGGAGCACCAGGGGACGAAAAGUUUGCAGACACGUCUGCUGCCAGUGCCAGCAUGUCGCGAUCGAGGAUGAAUUUCCGCAGCGGCCGACGUGGCCCCGCUGCCUACCUGCGGCGUAAAGAGCGCAUGUUACGCAUCUCCAUCCGCCGCAUGGUGAAGACAGACACUUUCUACUUGAUGGUGCUCAGUCUUGUGGCUCUCAACACCAUCUGCGUUGCCAUCGUCCACCACAACCAGCCCAACUGGCUGACCAUUUUUCUCUAUUAUGCAGAGUUUGUUUUCCUGGGGCUGUUUUUGGCUGAGAUGUUUUUGAAAAUGUAUGGUCUGGGUUUCCGGCUCUACUUCCAUUCAUCUUUCAACUGCUUCGACUGUGGGGUCAUUGUCGGCAGCAUCUUUGAGGUGGUUUGGGGCUUCUUCAGGCCUGGCAUGUCAUUUGGGAUCAGUGUACUGAGGGCGCUGAGACUUCUGAGAAUUUUCAAGAUCACCAAAUACUGGGCCUCUCUCAGGAACCUGGUUGUGUCCCUCAUGAGCUCCAUGAAGUCCAUUAUCAGCCUGCUUUUUCUUCUCUUUCUCUUCAUUGUGGUGUUUGCUCUGCUGGGGAUGCAGCUUUUUGGAGGAAGGUUCAUCUUUGAAGAUUACACUCCCACCAACUUUGACACAUUUCCAGCUGCCAUCAUGACAGUGUUUCAGAUUUUGACUGGUGAGGACUGGAACGAGGUGAUGUAUAAUGGGAUCCGCUCGCAGGGUGGAGUGCAGUAUGGCAUGUGGUCAUCGAUCUACUUCAUAGUGCUCACGCUGUUUGGAAAUUACACACUGCUGAACGUCUUUUUGGCCAUCGCUGUGGAUAAUCUGGCCAAUGCUCAGGAACUGACAAAGGAUGAAGAGGAGGAAGAAGAGUUCUUCAACCAGAGAUAUGCCAGAGGCAGAGAUGGCCUGAUAUCUGAUCCUCUCAGUGGGAGGAGAAGACCCUACCUAUACAGGAAACGAGCCAUCCACCGAGGCCGACCAAACUUCCCAGAGGAGCCCGAGAGUGCAACAGGGGCCGCAGAUGAACAGCCCCUCAAUAGCUCCAACGCCUUCUCCAACCGCCGCGAGAGGAGGCGAAAGGUUAACAUGUCAGUGUGGGAGCAAAGAGCCAACCAGCUACGCAAACGUCGCCAGAUGGCAAGUAGAGAGGAGCUGUUUAGCAGCCCUACGGAGGACACAGCCGAAACUCCCACCAUUGCCCACCAUGGCCCCACGCUCUCCCCAGAGGCCAGCCCGGCUCACCUGCCUGAGUCUCCCAUGUCUGUGGGGAUGCCCCUCCCCGAGCCCCCGAUGUCCGUCUCCAUCCCCAUCCCUGAGCCUCCAGUGGCUGAGCCUCUCGUAAACCUAAAUGAGGAGAAAACAGGAUUAGCUAACCACCGGAACACAUGCGGGGGCAGGCACAGGAUGGCCCGCAAGUUCAGACCAAGUCAGGGGCCGGACGAAGGGGCACGACACAGACGGCACCGUCACCGCGAGGCUCGCACUGAAGCCAAGAGUCUGGACUGUACCCAGACGCCACAUGAGGUGCUGCAAGUCAGGCGGUCACUCAGCCAGGAGAGGAAGAUACUGGAUGAGAGGGAAGAGAAGGAAGAAAGAGAGGAGAGAGAAAAAUCAGAGGGAGAAGGAGGGUCAGUCCAAGAUGAUUGUGGAACAUCCAUCAUUAACCCAUAUGCAGAAGUUGGAGAAGAUUGUAGAAGAGCUGCUCUGCCCGGUGCCGACAUUCCUGACCCUCCUCAGUGUGAGCAGCUGAUGGACUGUACCUGGUCAGAGCAGGGUGAAAGCGGGCACACAGACCAGUAUGAGUCCCUGUGCCAGAACAUCCCAGUGGAGCCCGCUUUAGAGGCCACAGAGUUCACUGUGAGGGCCAUCGAGUCUGAGAACCACCCGGUCUCCAUCAAACGUAACAAGUCCAACCUGGAGGGAAGCGUGGCCAUUGAAAUGUCUUCACAACCGCUGCUGGAGCUCACGCCCAUGACAGUGAACAGUAAAGAGUUGGAGGCAUACGAGACUGACCAGAAAGAGGAUGAGACAGAGGAGGAGGAACCUCCAAUUCCUCCCAAACGUGUAGCUCCAGACAGCAUGUUCAUCUUCAAGGCCUCCAACCCGAUCAGGAGGAUCUGUCACUAUGUGGUCACUCUACGCUACUUUGAGAUGACUAUCCUCCUCGUGAUCGUGGCGAGCAGCAUUGCACUGGCUGCUGAGGACCCCGUGUGUACCAAUUCAGACAGAAACAAGGUCCUCCGUUAUUUUGAUUAUGUCUUCACUGGAGUGUUCACCUUUGAAAUGAUCAUCAAGAUGAUAGACCAGGGUCUCAUUCUGCAUGAUGGCUCUUAUUUCCGAGACAUGUGGAACAUCCUGGACUUCAUUGUGGUGGUGGGAGCUCUGAUUGCCUUUGCUCUAACGAAUGUGAUGGGAAACAACAAAGGCAGAGACAUCAAGACAAUAAAGUCUCUCAGAGUUUUGAGAGUUCUGCGGCCUCUUAAAACCAUCAAGAGGCUUCCUAAACUCAAGGCUGUUUUUGACUGUGUGGUCACAUCUCUGAAGAACGUCUUCAACAUCCUUAUUGUGUACCAGCUCUUCAUGUUCAUUUUUGCUGUCAUUGCGGUGCAACUCUUCAAGGGGAAGUUCUUCUAUUGCACUGACAGCUCCAUGAAUUCAGAGAAGGAAUGCCAAGGCUACUACAUUGACUACAGCAGAGACAAAAAGGAGGUGAAGAGGAGAGAGUGGAGGAGACACGAGUUUCACUACGACAACGUCUGCUGGGCCCUCCUCACACUUUUCACUGUCUCAACUGGAGAGGGAUGGCCUCAAGUCCUGCAGCACUCUACCGAUGUUACAGAGGAGAACAUGGGGCCGAGCAGAGGGAACCGGAUGGAGAUGUCCAUUUUCUACGUGGUCUACUUUGUGGUCUUCCCGUUCUUCUUUGUCAACAUCUUUGUGGCUUUGAUCAUCAUCACCUUCCAGGAGCAAGGCGACAAGAUGAUUCAGGAGUGCAGUCUGGAGAAAAAUGAGAGGGCUUGCAUCGACUUUACCAUCAGCGCCAAGCCAAUGACCCGCUACAUGCCCCAGAACAGACAAACCUUCCAGUACAGACUCUGGCACUUUGUGGCAUCGCCCUCUUUUGAGUACACAGUGCUCGUCAUGAUCGCUCUCAACACGGUGGUCCUCAUGAUGAAGUACCACUCGGCCCCAACAGCCUACGACACAGUCCUAAAACACCUUAACACAGCCUUCACUGUCCUCUUCUCCUUGGAGUGUAUACUCAAGAUCAUGGCCUUUGGACUUGUGAACUACUUUCGAGAUACUUGGAAUAUUUUUGAUUUCAUCACCGUUCUUGGCAGCAUCUCUGAGAUAAUUGUGGAUUUACAGUCGGUGAACACCAUCAACAUGAGUUUUUUGAAGCUUUUCCGAGCAGCCAGGUUAAUCAAGCUGCUGAGACAGGGUUACACCAUCCGUAUUCUGCUGUGGACCUUUGUGCAAUCUUUCAAGGCUCUUCCUUAUGUCUGUCUUCUCAUUGCUAUGCUGUUCUUCAUAUACGCCAUAAUUGGAAUGCAGGUGUUUGGAAACAUCAAGCUGAAUGAUGAGAGUCACAUCAAUCAACACAACAAUUUUAAGACCUUUUUCAGUGCGCUGAUGCUGCUCUUCAGGAGUGCGACGGGGGAGUCCUGGCAGGAGAUUAUGCUUUCAUGUCUGUCGGGACAGGAGUGUGAACCAGACCCCUCCAUCGCCCCCCUCACCAUGUCUCCAGACCAUGAGGGAGGCUGUGGGACUGACUUUGCUUACUGCUACUUCGUCUCAUUCAUCUUCUUCAGCUCCUUCCUGAUGCUAAAUCUGUUCGUGGCUGUGAUCAUGGACAACUUUGAGUACCUGACACGAGACUCAUCAAUCCUGGGUCCCCAUCACCUGGACGAGUUUGUUCGCAUCUGGGGGGAGUAUGAUCGUUUGGCAUGUGGUCGUAUCCACUACACUGCCAUGUAUGAGAUGUUAACACACAUGUCACCACCCCUGGGCUUGGGAAAAAAAUGUCCUGCUAAGAUCGCCUAUAAGAGGUUGGUGUUGAUGAACAUGCCUGUAGAUGAGGACAUGACCGUCCACUUCACCUCCACCCUGAUGUCGCUCAUCCGCACAGCUUUGGAUAUCAAAAUAGCUAGAGGUGGUGAGGACCGUAUCGCUCUGGAUAGUGAACUCCAAAGAGAGAUCAGUAUCAUUUGGCCUUAUCUGCCCCAGAAGAACUUGGACCUGCUGGUACCUAUCAACAAAGAUACAGACAUGACAGUGGGGAAGAUCUACGCUUCCAUGAUGAUAAUGGACUACUUCAAACUGAACAAAGCCAAGAAGCUCAGGCAGCAACUUGAAGCUCAGAAGAGUAACUUAAUGUUCAAGCGUCUGGAUGCCUCCACCCUCCCCGAGGACAUUCUGUCCAAUACCCAGACGCUGCCGAUGAUGGCCCACAGUGCUGGCUCAGCCCUGACCCGAGGAGGCUUUGUGGCUUUGAGCCCCAUCUCACCCCAGGAACUAUUUUUGCAGCCCAUAAGCUCUGACGUUGAUGCUAGUCAACAGCAGAAUCUGGUGGGCGAGUGCAGUAGGGGGAUUGAAGCCCCACUGGAGCUUCCUCUAGGGAGGGGCCUGUGUGUGCGGGCCUCUUCCAUGCCCCGUCUGGCUGUAGAGUCGCAGCAGACGGAGGUUGCAAGUGGCUCCAUGAAACGUUCAGCCUCCACGGUCGCGGAUCAGCGGGUGAACGGUCUUUGGCAGGAGGAGAAAAGCCCUGAGCGAGUUUAUCGACCUCGUCACAAAAGCUACAAGGCUGCUGUUUCUCGGUCUGAGCACCGGCAGCAGAGCGACAAGGAGCGUGGCCGGUCUAAGGAGCGCUGUCACCUCCUCUCUCCAGACGCGUCUCGUUGUAACUCAGAGGAAAGAAGCUUGCAGCCCUCACGAUCGUCUAGUGUAGAGAGAGCACACCCCCAAGAUAAACAGGGCAACAGCUCAGACAGUCCGGUGCCCUCCACCUCAGAGUCCAGCACCCCCAGCGGCCGACGACCUUUAUCACAGACCCCGACCCGCUCUCGCCCUCACAUCUCCUACUCCCCGCUCGAGUGUCGCACGCACCCCUCUGUCGGCGAGGACGAGGAUGAACAAGGCAGCCCAGAGACCAUGAGCCGGGGCAAGCCCACCUGGGAGACCCAAGAGGGGGUCGCAGGCGAGAGGCGGAGCGAGGCAGGCCGACACCCAUCCCCACCUCGACGCUACCCCUCUGAGCCGUUCCUGGCCUCCCAAGAGGACGACCACAGCCCAGACCCCUCUGGUCCCAUGGAGACGUUGACCUUCGAGGCGGCUGUGGCCUGCAGCCUGGGACGCUCAAACACCAUCAGCUCAGCCCGCCCACGCUUGCGGACUGGCUGGCAGGUUCCCAACGGACAUUUUCGGAAGCGCCUGGCGCAGACAGCCUCUGUUGCGGGCUGCGAUCCUCUCAGCGACACAGAGGAGGACGACAGGUGCUAGGGACAGGAGGCACAGCAUGAGGGAGGAGAGGGAAUCCCAGAGAGGCGUUAGAGGACUCUGCACGACAAUGUACAGAGUCAAGGUUAAUGUGGCUCUUUUUGCAUCAGUGCUUCGAGGCCGUGAGCCCUCUGGAUGUUUGGUAAAAUGUAAACCUAAAACGAACGAACAAUACUUCCUGAAACUGUAGUUGCCAAUUCACACAGAACACUGACAAUAAAUAAGGUCUAUUUCCUGACUUGUACUUGAUGAUAGAGAGUAAUGAUACAUCUCAAAUAGUUGCAGGAUGCAGAAAAUAAAUGAAUGGAUCAAAUUAUGUUAUUUGUGUCAAUAGGUAUUUUCAUUUCUGAAGAUGUUUCUAAAUGAUUCAGUGUUGCUCUUAACAGUAUUUAUCUGUGGGGUGUGUGAAUAUGUAACUACAUUUUCUUAUAAAUUAAUUGUUUUGUAAAUACAUUGUGAUCAUCACACCAUUGCCAUUUAUUAGACCAGAUCAAUACUACAAGCCAUCAUGAAGAGGCGAUCUGAUACUUUACCAGACAAUGUGGGUACCAAUAAGUAACACUCAAUAAUGCUGGAUUUUUUUACAGUAUGAAUGAAUGUGCAGGGGAAAAACUGCUUGAUUUUCCCCAUCAUUUUUCUUUUUGGUAUUGAACAUAAGUUGUGAGAUAUGAAUACAGUUAUAGAAUAACAUAGAAAAGAUGCUUAUUUGUUAUUUCACCCUGCCUCCAACGAACCUCAUUUAUCCUUCAAAACAGUCUGUUACUUUAAUUUUUUUCCAGUCUACACCCUUUAAAUGAGAAUUUUCCAACAUUUAUAUUUAACAUUUGAUUUUGAGAAUUGUUGGGCGUGCAAUUUUACCAUGAACUGAUAUGAAAACAAAAUGAUCUCUCAUGUAUUUUCACCUUUUUCUUCCUUGUGAAUAUUGUAUGAACCACUGCAGGCAAUGACUGUAGAAACACUGUAGACACACCAUGACACAUUUGCUUUACAAAUUAACAUUACUCUCUAUUACUUACUAAUAAUGUACAGAGAAAUUAUGCUGUUUGUAACAUUAAGAGAAAAAAAAUAAAAUAUCAGCUGAGCUUUAAAGGUAAAGGAAUCUUUGGAAAUGUUCAUUUUAAGGUUUGUGUUUUUGUUUUAUUUGCCUGAUGAAGGCCAAUUCUGUGUGAAACUCACUUAACCAAAAACAUGGAGAUUUGUAUCAUAAGUUCCUGGAAUGCAAAUAAUUUGUGGGUUUUUAUGUGUAUAAUAGCUGUAUAUACAAAUAAAGGUGUCCUCAAGUUGC